GGCUGCCAGGCGGGCCUUGCAGCUGAGAGCAUGGCCUCUCCAGGGGUCCCCGCGCCUCAGCCAGAGUUACCAGAGCACAACUGCGGGUACCGAGAGGUGCAGUACUGGGACCAGCGCUACCGAGGCGCGGCUGACUCUGCUCCCUACGAGUGGUUCGGGGACUUCUCCUCCUUCCGUGCCCUCCUAGAGUCGGAGCUGCGGCCCGAGGACCGCAUCCUCGUGCUAGGCUGUGGGAACAGUGCCCUGAGCUACGAGCUGUACCUUGGGGGCUUCCCUGAUGUGACCAGUGUGGAUUACUCAUCAGUAGUGGUGGCUGCGAUGCAGGCUCGCUAUGCCCAUGUGCCGAACCUGCGCUGGGAGAUCAUGGAUGUGCGGGCGCUGGGCUUCCCCAGUGGCUCCUUCGACGUGGUGCUGGAGAAGGGCACGCUGGAUGCCCUGUUGGCUGGAGAGCAGGAUCCCUGGACCGUGUCCUCUGAAGGUGUCCACACUGUGGACCAGGUGCUGAGUGAGAUGGUGGAGUACAAACGGGCCACGCUGCGGGAUGAAGACGCACCGGAGACCCCCGUAGAGGGCGGGGCCUCCCCGGACGCCGUGGAGGUGGGAUUCCGGAAGAGGACAAGACAAUUCUUGAGCUCACGCACCCAGCUGGAGCUGGUUUUGGCAGGUGUCUCUCUACUGCUGACUGCACUGCUUCUGGGCUGCUUUGUGGCCCUGGGGGUCCAGUACCACAGAGACCCAUCCCACAGCACCUGCCUCACAGAGGCCUGCAUUCGAGUGGCUGGAAAAAUCCUGGAGUCCCUGGACCGUGGAGUGAACCCCUGUGAGGACUUUUACCAGUUCUCCUGUGGAGGCUGGAUUCGGAGGAACCCCCUGCCCGAUGGGCGUUCUCGCUGGAACACCUUCAACAGCCUCUGGGACCAGAACCAGGCCAUACUGAAGCACCUGCUUGAAAACACCACCUUCAACUCUAGCAGCGAGGCUGAGCGGAAGACCCAGCGCUUCUACCUGUCCUGCCUGCAGGUGGAGCGUAUUGAGGAGCUGGGAGCCCAGCCACUGCGAGACCUCAUUGACAAGAUCGGUGGUUGGAACGUUACGGGGCCCUGGGACCAGGACAACUUCAUGGAGGUGCUGAAGGCAGUAGCAGGGACCUACAGGGCCACCCCUUUCUUCACUGUCUACAUCAGUGCUGACUCUAAGAGUUCCAACAGCAAUGUUAUCCAGGUGGACCAGUCUGGGCUCUUUCUACCCUCUCGAGAUUACUACCUAAACAGGACCGCCAAUGAGAAAGUGCUUACCGCCUACCUGGACUAUAUGGAGGAGCUGGGAAUGCUGCUGGGCGGACGGCCAGCCUCCACACGGGAGCAGAUGCGGCAGGUGCUGGAGCUGGAGAUACAACUGGCCAACAUCACAGUGCCCCAGGACCAGCGGCGGGACGAGGAGAAGAUCUAUCACAAGAUGAGCAUCGGGGAGCUGCAGGCCCUGGCGCCCUUGAUAGACUGGCUGGAGUUCCUGUCUUUCUUGCUAUCACCGCUGGAGCUGGGUGAUUCUGAGCCUGUGGUGGUGUAUGGGACGGAUUAUUUGCAGCAGGUCUCAGAGCUCAUCAACCGCACGGAACCAAGCGUCCUGAACAAUUACCUGAUCUGGAACCUGGUGCAGAAGACAACCUCGAGCCUGGACCGCCGCUUUGAGUCUGCACAAGAGAAGUUGCUGGAGACCCUCUAUGGCACCAAGAAGUCCUGCACGCCAAGGUGGCAGACCUGCAUUUCCAAUACGGAUGACGCCCUUGGCUUCGCUUUGGGCUCCCUCUUCGUGCAGGCCACGUUUGACCGGCAAAGCAAGGAAAUUGCAGAGGGGAUGAUCAGCGAGAUCCGGACCUCCUUUGAGGAUGCCCUGGGACAGCUGGUUUGGAUGGAUGAGAAGACCCGCCAAGCAGCCAAGGAGAAAGCAGAAGCCAUCUAUGACAUGAUUGGUUUCCCAGACUUUAUCCUGGAGCCCAAACAGCUGGAUGAUGUUUAUGAUGGGUAUGAAGUCUCUGAAGAUUCCUUCUUCCAGAAUAUGUUGAAUUUGUACAACUUCUCUGCUAAAGUGAUGGCUGACCAGCUCCGCAAGCCUCCCAGCCGGGAGCAGUGGAGCAUGACCCCCCAGACAGUGAAUGCCUACUACCUUCCAACCAAGAAUGAAAUUGUCUUCCCUGCCGGCAUCCUGCAGGCCCCCUUCUACGCCCGCAACCACCCCAAGGCCCUGAACUUUGGUGGCAUCGGUGUGGUGAUGGGCCACGAGUUGACACAUGCCUUUGAUGACCAAGGGCGCGAGUAUGACAAGGAAGGGAACCUGCGGCCGUGGUGGCAGAAUGAGUCACUAGCAGCCUUCCGGAAUCACACGGCCUGCAUGGAGGAGCAGUACAGCCAGUACCAAGUCAAUGGCGAGAAGCUCAACGGCCGCCAGACGCUGGGGGAGAACAUCGCCGACAAUGGGGGGCUAAAGGCUGCCUACAACGCUUACAAAGCGUGGCUGAGAAAGCAUGGGGAGGAGCAGCGGCUGCCAGCUGUGGGGCUCACCAACCACCAGCUCUUCUUUGUGGGAUUCGCCCAGGUGUGGUGCUCGGUCCGUACACCCGAGAGCUCUCACGAGGGGCUGGUGACUGAUCCCCACAGCCCUGCCCGCUUCCGUGUGCUGGGCACUCUCUCCAACUCCCGUGACUUCCUGCGGCACUUCGGCUGCCCUGUCGGCUCCCCUAUGAACCCAGGGCAGCUGUGUGAGGUGUGGUAGACCUGGAUCGGGGGAGAAAUGGCUGGCUGUUGCCAGGGUCUGGGACAGCUGGCCCAGCAAGGCUGUUUGCUCUGGGGUUUGGAGAAGUCAAAUGCCAGCUGGGCUGGGUCCAGCCCCUCCACACCACAGGUGACAUGAGUCCCAGUCCCUCCUCAACCACCACAUUGUGCCUCUGCUUUGGGGGUGCCCUUGCCUCCAGCAGAGCCCCCACCAUUCACUGUGACAUCCUUCCAUGUUCACCCUGCCUGGAGGAGGCCUGGGUGGGGGGGACCAGCUCCCACAGGAAGGAGUCCACCUCCUCUGGUUCCAAGCUCAUUCAGCUUGGUGGCCAUGGGGCCUGCUGUGCCUGCCACACUCUGAUCAUUAAGGGCCUGGAUGGUGUGCCUCCCAUGCUUCUCCCUGAGGCUCGUUCAGUGCUCACUUGGGAGUGGACUCGGCUCCUUUGAGCCCCAGCCUCAGGGGCUGCCCCACCCCCACCCCCAUGUUCCUCAUACUGCUGCUCCCAACACUGCUGCUAACCCUCACUGACAGACUACCUGUGCUCAGCUCUUAGUGGAAGCCUGAGGGCCUUUCCAAGCCUUCCUGCUGCCUCUUGGUUUCCCUGGGCACAGAGGGGAAGUGUGUAUGUGUAGGGGAUGCUAAUUCCUGUCUCCUGGGGUGCAAGUCUUAGGGGGUGACUCAUCCUCCCUGGACUAAGCAGGAAAGCAGAGCAGGGAGAGGGAAGGACAGAGUUUAUUUUUACAGGGAAGAGGGUAGGGAGGGAGUGGUCUUGGCCCUGUAGGACCCUGUGCCAAUAAACAGACACACAUCAGUCAGCCUGUCUCCUCCUUCAAUCCUAUUUUCAUUUAUUCAUUUAAUCAUUCCACCAAUAUUUAUUGAGCACCUACUGUAUGCCAACACUCUUCUAGACACUCAUUUACUCACUCACUAGACACAGGGGACUGAAAUUUGAAGCCCUAAGAGGACCGGAUAGAGGAAUGGAAUGAAGUUGAAGUCUGGCUGGGCGGAGUACAUCCUCUGCUUAGUGGUGGCUAUGUCCCCAUCGCCAGCUGUUCUACAGCUUGAAGGAUUUGCCACUGCUCUCCACUGGUGCAUGCAGCCAGGCCUAACCCUGAGUUUGGGUAACUACUGGGUCAGGGUUGGCUUGGAAGAUGGGUGGCCUUACCCUUGAGUGGAGGGAAGCCCUGGCCAAGGUAGCACGCCACUCCCUGGAGCUCAGAGCACGGGCCUCUGCUGUGGCUGAAAAGACAUGCAUUUCCGCAUGGCCUCAAAGGCUCGGCGCUCCUGAGAGUCACUCAUCCCACCCACACACACUCAUGGAGGCCUACCAAGUGCCAGGCAUGGAGACUGAAGAAAUGGCUGCCGCCCUCCAGAGUGAGAGAGGGAAAAGGAGCUUUUACUGAAUGCCUCUUAUGUUCCAGUCAUCUCUGUUAGGUGGCUCAUUUCUUUAUUCAUUCAUUUAUUAAUUUAUAUAUUCAUAGAUUUUUUUUUAAGUGUAUCGAUUACUAACAAUGUGCCAGGCACUGGUGAUGCCAAGAUGAGUAAGAUAGUUCGUUCCCUCAGGUGACUCUUCUUCUAUUGGCACUGUCACCUUCAGGAGCUCAUCUAAUCUUCAGAGCAACAUACUUCUUAAGUGCACUGGUUUCCAUUUUACAGGUCUAACCCUAACUGCUUCACUGCAGCCAAAGAGACCUGGAUUGAAAUUGAAGCUCUGAUAGCUCUCUGAGCUUCAGCCAGCUCCCUAACCUCCAUGAGCCUCAGUUUAUUGUAAAAUGAGAACCAGAGAAUGAGAAACAGUCCAGUCUCAAUUCUCUUGAAAACUCAGUGUUCCCCAAGGUGUAAGUUGUGUGUGUGGGGGGGUGGUUGUUAAGUUUGGAGGGUAAGAGUGAAGCUUUGGCAGUGACUGCUUCUGGGGUCCCAGGUCCCUGGGGGAUGGCACCAGCAUGUGUCCCACAGUCUGGAUCCUGUCCCAGCACCAGACUGUUCCUGUAAAGAGCUGUAUGUGGGCCCCUGUCAAGUUACUGGGAAGUGCUGGCUGCUCACCAAGGGAAGGAAACAGCUGGCUACUCAGAGAGGAGCAAAGUGGCCAUGGGAGCUCUAAGACCAAGGGAAAGUGUGGCUUGAGCUUCUGAGAGCAUGACUCCAGGAGGGACAGCAAGGUGUACUGGGAAGAGGAGGGCUAUCACAUGUGGAAACCUGAUUCUGGCUCCACUCUGCCACCCCCUAGCUAUGUGACACUAGGCAUGGCUCAGCCCCUCUUCAGGUCUUAUUAUCCUUAGCAGUCUGUAAAAUAAGUGGAUUGGAUAAGAUGAUCUCUGAGGACCAGAUCAGCUUUAAUGUUUUAAGAAGAAAAUUCAUGCGCUUAGGAAAUUCCAGAACCCAAAGAAAUAUUAAGAAAUGAUUUGUGAAGUUUGGGUGUUGCACAGAGGAUGAAAUUUAUAAUGUCAGAGAGCAUAACGACUGAGGAGAGAGGCUUGGCAGCAUUAAGCCUUGCCCUUCCCUUGACACCUGAUUUCAGAGGCCAGCUUAGGAUGCUGACCAGCUGGCCAUUGUGGCAUUAAAACUCCAUAUUUGCAAAAAGGUCAAAGUGUCUAAUAAUAAUAAUGAUAAGGAUAAUGAUGAUAAUAAUAAUAAUAAUAAUAAUUAGCAUCUCUCAUUUACCAAGUCCCUCUUUGCUUAAGCCUUUGCUGAGCACUUUAAAAACAUUAUCUCAUUAAAUUCCUACAGCAACUUAAACGGAUGUUCUAUCAUUGUCUCUAUUUUACAAGUGGAGAAACUAAGGAAAAAGAUUACAUAACUUCCAAUUUUAACUUUAAGACAGAUUGUAUUAAAGUCAGGUUUGGAACUCACAUCCUCCGAUUUGGAACUCAGAUGCUCUUAAGCACCACCAUUUAGUCUUCUAGAGCUUAGACUCAAGAUAGACAUCUGUCUUCUGGGCUUCAUCAUGCUUCCAAGUGAGACCAUUACCAGCAGGUGCAUUUCUAUGCCACCCAGCUCCCCUGGGCCAGGCACAUGUGACAACCAGGCAGCUGCAGAAAGCCCAAGCACAUGUUGAGUUGAAAUUAAGCCAGGUAGCACUUGUUUGUUGAGCACUCUGCAGGUGCUUGGUUCCAGAGGCAAGGCAAGGUGAACAUCAGGUGACAGAUGCAACCUUUACCCUUAGCAGCCCUGCCAAGCUGAUGAAUAUGCAUCUGUGAUAUGCUCUGGUGUGUUCAGGCAG